CCGUAGGGGCGGUCCCACCUCGGGGCAUGACGUCACACCCUGCGCCGCCGCGCAAGGAAGGCCCGGGAGCGACGUCUGCCGGAAGAGGGGGGGCUGGCCCGGUUUCCUGGCGACGCGGCGCUGCAGGCGGUUACCCUCUUUCUCUUCCCGACGCGUGAGUUAGGCCGUCAUGCCUUGGCUGCUCUCAGCCCUCAAGCUGGUUCCCGCUGUAGCAAACAUCCGCGGUCUCUCAGGAUGUAUGUUGUGUUCACAGCGAAGGUACUCCCUUCAUCCUGUCCCAGAAAGGAGGAUUCCAAACCGAUACUUAGGCCAGCCCAGCCCCUUUACACACCCACACCUCCUCAGACCAGGGGAGGUAACUCCAGGACUAUCUCAGGUGGAAUAUGCACUUCGCAGACACAAACUAAUGUCUCUGAUCCAGAAGGAAGCUCAAGGGCACAGCGGGGCAGACCAGACGGUGGUUGUGCUCUCCAACCCUACGUACUACAUGAGCAACGAUAUUCCCUAUACUUUCCACCAGGACAACAAUUUCCUGUACCUGUGUGGAUUCCAAGAGCCUGAUAGCAUUCUUGUCCUUCAAAGCCUCCCUGGCAAACAGUUACCAUCACACAAAGCCAUACUUUUUGUGCCUCGGCGAGAUCCCAGUCGAGAACUUUGGGAUGGUCCACGAUCUGGCACUGAUGGAGCAAUAGCUCUAACUGGAGUGGAUGAAGCCUAUACGCUAGAAGAAUUUCAACAUUUUCUACCAAAAAUGAAAGCUGAGACGAACAUGGUUUGGUAUGACUGGAUGAGGCCCUCGCAUGCACAGCUUCACUCUGACUAUAUGCAGUCCUUGACUGAGGCCAAAGCCAGGAGCAAGAACAAGGUUCGGGGUGUUCAACAGCUGAUACAGCGCCUCCGGCUGAUCAAAUCUCCUGCAGAAAUUGAACGAAUGCAGAUUGCUGGGAAGCUGACAUCACAGGCUUUCAUAGAAACCAUGUUUGCCAGUAAAGCCCCUGUGGAAGAAGGCUUUCUUUAUGCUAAGUUUGAAUUUGAAUGCCGGGCUCGUGGUGCAGACAUCUUAGCCUAUCCACCUGUGGUGGCUGGUGGUAAUCGGUCAAACACUUUGCACUAUGUGAAGAAUAAUCAACUCAUCAAGGAUGGGGAAAUGGUGCUUCUGGAUGGAGGUUGUGAGUCUUCCGGCUAUGUGAGUGACAUCACACGUACCUGGCCAGUCAAUGGCAGGUUCACUGCACCUCAGGCAGAACUCUAUGAAGCUGUUCUAGAGAUCCAGAGAGAUUGUUUGGCCCUCUGCUUCCCUGGGACAAGCUUGGAGAACAUCUACAGCAUGAUGCUGACCCUGAUAGGACAGAAGCUUAAAGACUUGGGAAUCAUGAAGAACAUUAAGGAAAAUAAUGUCUUCAAGGCUGCUCGAAAAUACUGCCCUCAUCAUGUUGGCCACUACCUCGGGAUGGAUGUCCAUGACACUCCAGACAUGCCGCGUUCUCUCCCUCUGCAGCCUGGGAUGGUAAUCACAAUUGAGCCAGGCAUUUAUAUUCCAGAGGAUGACAGAGAUGCCCCAGAGAAGUUUCGGGGUCUUGGUGUACGAAUUGAGGAUGAUGUAGUGGUGACUCAGGACUCACCUCUCAUCCUUUCUGCAGAUUGUCCCAAAGAGAUGAAUGACAUUGAACAGAUAUGCAGCCGGGCUUCUUGACCUUCACUACGGCCCACAUGCACCUCAGGUUCAAGAUGGGUGUAUGCUGGCAGCCCUGCAUGUGUGCUUUCUGAAUGUCUCUGUGUAUGCAUUAAUAUAUGUGUUCCAUUUGGGAGCAUA